AGCCUAAAUGAAAAUGCUGCUUCUCUUCCUCCUCCUUCACUGAAAUCGCUCGCAACGAAAGACGGGGUGAAGUGUAGCAGAAGACAGCACAGUUCUAGUUUUCCACUCGCUCCGAGAGCUCGACAUUUUCUUUCUCCUGCUUUCUCGGUAGCUUCGGCGCCGAGUCUGCUGGCCGCCGAGGAUGCUGGCUCUGGGCGAGUCUCGCCACGGUUCUGCUGUCGCGAUGCUGCUUUCUCUGUUGGAUCCUUGUUCGAUCGACCCCUGGAGGAGCUCGUAGUGCUUCUUUUUUUUUUUUUGCGGCUCGAUUGUUGUUUGCUGCCGUUGUUAUCGCUGCCGCUGCUGUUGCUCGGUGCGUGAUCUCGCUCGCUGGUGGAAUCUCGCAGAUCUGACGCCGUCGGUGAUGUCGGUGCUCGAGUGCUUCUUCGGAGGAAAAAGGAUUGAUGUCCAACAGUCAUUGCUGAAACUGAUUGUCAUCUCCUGUCAUGUUAUUUCCAUCGUAUCUGCGGAUUUAAACCGCAAUUCCGUACCAGCAUCACCAUUAUCUCCCAGUGCCACAGCGAGCACUCCUGCUAUUCCUGAUCUUUCCCCUCCAAAGAAGUUACCACAUAGACAAUGGCGGAGACAUAUCUCUCCUCAGGCUGCACCGGUACUUGUUUUGUCGCCAGAUCAUCCACCUCUUUAUGACCCCUUGAUAACUUCUGGUCACCCCCCAACAAGUUCACGCUUGUCCAAACCAUCAAUGAAGAGGAGCGGCUUGGUUCCUCCAAGUGCCAGCCUGGCAGAUAUUGCCCCAACUCAAUCCAGUCCUGCAACAGUUCCAGCCGCAUUGGCUGAGCCACCACUAUCGCGUAAUGUCUCAAAUUGUUGCCAACUCGACAUGGUGCUAAAACGGGGCAGUGAAGGUUGCCAUUGUGUUUAUCCCAUAAGGCUUGACCUUCUCCUGCUAAAUGUAUCCCAAAAUCCUGAUUGGAAUGUUUUUCUCCAAGAAUUUGCUUCUCAGCUGGGCUUGCAAGUUUCUCAAAUAGAGUUGAUAAAUUUCUAUAUGCUCAGCUUUACAAGAUUGAAUAUAUCGAUGGAUAUCACUCCGCAAACGGGAUUGAGUUUCUCAGCUAGUGAUGCGUAUGCAAUCAACUCUUCCCUCUCUUUACAUCGAGUUCAUCUAAGCCCUGCGCUGGUGGGUGAUUAUGAACUUCUGAACAUUACUUGGUUCAAGGCACCUCCACCUUCUGAAGCUCCCAUUGUUCCGACAUCACCGCCGGUGGCACAACCUCAUCAACCAACUGCUAGACCAUCUAACCCUUCGGAUGGGGCAAAGCAUUCAAGUUUGGUUCUUAUUAUUUGCAUUGGUGUGGGUAUCGCAAUGGUGAUUGUUAUAAUGGUGCUUGUAAUAUGUGCAUGCACUUCCAGAAGGGGGAAGACUGAGGCGUCUAAGGAAAUCAGUCCAACGGACAUCGUUAAGCUGAGGACUCCAGAUUCACAUCCAGUAGUAGGUUCUCUUCCCCACCCAUCAAGUACACGUGUACUUGCAUAUGAAGAGCUCAAAAAAGCAACUGACAACUUCGCACGGGAGAGCAUACUUGGAGAGGGUGGGUUUGGCAGGGUUUUCAAAGGUGUCUUAAUUGAUGGUACUGCUGUGGCAAUCAAGAGACUCACUACUGGAGGUCAACAAGGUGAUAAAGAGUUUUCGGUUGAGGUUGAAAUGCUGAGCAGGUUGCAUCACCGUAAUCUUGUGAAACUCGUGGGUUACUAUAGCAGUCCCGACUCUUCACAAAAUUUACUUUGCUAUGAGCUUGUACCAAAUGGGAGUUUAGAGUCCUGGCUUCAUGGUCCUCUUGGAGUGAACUGUCCUUUGGAUUGGGAUACCAGAAUGAAGAUUGCUCUUGAUGCUGCCAGAGGACUUGCAUACCUACAUGAGGACUCACAGCCUUGUGUGAUCCACCGAGAUUUCAAGGCAUCCAAUAUAUUGCUUGAGAAAAACUUUCAUGCUAAAGUAGCAGAUUUUGGCCUGGCCAAACAGGCACCUGAAGGAAGGACAAAUUAUCUGUCUACUCGGGUGAUGGGCACAUUUGGGUAUGUGGCCCCGGAGUAUGCAAUGACAGGACAUCUACUUGUGAAGAGUGACGUUUAUAGCUAUGGAGUGGUCCUACUCGAGUUAUUGACUGGAAGGAAGCCUGUAGACAUGGCACAGCCAUCUGGACAGGAGAAUCUUGUCACUUGGACGAGGCCAAUUCUUAGAGACAAGGACAGGCUGGAAGAACUUGCUGAUCCUAGGCUCGGUGGCAACUACCCGAAGGAAGAUUUUGUGCGGGUUUGCACAAUUGCGGCUGCAUGCGUUGCUCCUGAGGCGAGUCAACGGCCUACAAUGGGUGAAGUGGUACAAUCACUCAAAAUGGUGCAGCGCGUCGCCGAAUGCCAGGAUACAAUGCUAAAUUCCGCCAAUGCCAGACCCAACCUUAGGCAGUCAUCUACGACCUUCGAGUCAGAUGGGACAUCGUCGAUGUUCUCAUCUGGUCCUUACUCUGGUUUAAGUGCUUUCGAAAACGACAACCUCUCUAGAACUGCAGUCUAUUCUGAAGAUCUUCACGAAGGAAGAUGAACGGGAUAGCCACUAGCCAGUCUUAUCUUGCACUAUUUUGACUGCCCAAGAUAACCAGAAAAUCACCCAGCUGGUGCAAAACCUAUGACCUGGAGAAUUCUUCACUUCCGAUUUUUUGAUUUUUUUUUUUUUUAUGUGGGCGGGGGAAGAGACGAACUGGAAGAGAGUGCUGUUUGUUAUCCCUUGUUGAGAACAGCCACAGAGUCUUCCUUCAUCUAGAGUGGCAGUUCUCAACUUGGAUGAAAUUUUGUAUAUAUCUUUUUUAGCUUAUUUUCUUACAGUUUUUAGGGCUUCUUUUGCGUUUUCCUUCUUUCUCCGUCUUGUCUCUCAAGCACCUCUGUUUGCUUGCAUAUGUCAUGGCUGGUAGUCUCUGCUUCCCUUGUAGCUGGAUCUGGUUAAGUUUCUCUCUCGAUGGUGAUGCGUGAAUGUAUUCAAAGUCAGAAGUCUAGGCCGAGAUUGAAUCUUUUUCUUUUCACCCUUUUGCA